GCUAGGGGAGCAGAGUCCAGGCUGCAGCGCUUCUGACUCUCAGCAGGACCAGGUGUGCAGGGAGAGGGCGGGCGGGCUGUGGACAGCCGGGGAGGGAGGCCUCGGACGGUGGGGGCCAGGGACUCGCGCCCAGCGACAGGGUCUCGGGCAGAGGUGGGACCGGAGCGGCGGGGACGCCAGGCUGCUGUCCCUCAGGCGGAGAUGGAGCUGGAGAAGACGAGGAACCAGCUCGCAGGCGGCAACAGUGAUCCCCGAGGCUGCAGCAACCAAGACAAAGAAAAAAUGAAGAAAGUGAAUUUGAUUGGACCAUUAACAUUGUUUCGGUACUCUGACUGGCAGGAUAAAGCGCUCAUGUGCCUGGGCACCAUCAUGGCUGUCGCUCACGGGUCAGGCCUUCCCCUCAUGAUGAUCGUGUUUGGGGACAUGACGGAUAAGUUUGUCAAUGCUGAUGGAAACUUCUCCUUUCCAGUGAAUUUUUCAUUGUCACAGCUAAAUCCAGGCAGAAUUUUGGAAGAAGAAAUGACUAGAUACGCCUAUUAUUACUCAGGAUUAGGUGCCGGAGUUCUGGUUGCUGCCUAUAUACAGGUUUCAUUUUGGACUUUGGCAGCUGGCCGACAGAUUAAGAAAAUUAGGCAAAAGUUUUUUCAUUCUAUUCUACGACAGGAAAUAGGCUGGUUUGACAUCAAUGACAUCACUGAGCUCAAUACACGGCUGACAGAUGACAUCUCCAAAAUCAGUGAAGGAAUUGGUGACAAGGUUGGCAUGUUCUUUCAAGCAGUAGCCACGUUUUUUGCAGGAUUCAUAGUGGGUUUCAUCAGAGGCUGGAAGCUCACCCUGGUGGUCAUGGCCAUCAGCCCUGUGCUGGGAGUGUCUACAGCAGUCUGGGCAAAGGUUCUGUCACGGUUUAGUGACAUGGAGCUGGCCGCAUACUCCAAGGCGGGUGCCGUGGCCGAGGAGGCCCUAGGGGCCAUCAGGACCGUGCUAGCUUUCGGAGGCCAGAACAAAAUGCUGGAAAGGUAUCAAAAACAUUUAGAGAAUGCCAAAAAGAUUGGAAUCAAAAAAGUGAUAUCUGCAAACAUUUCCAUGGGCAUUUCCUUCCUGUUAAUAUAUGCAUCAUAUGCCCUGGCCUUCUGGUACGGAUCCACACUGGUUCUAGCAAAAGAAUAUACUAUUGGAAAUGCAAUGACAGUCUUCUUUUCCAUCCUCAUUGGAGCAUUCAGCAUUGGCCAGGCUGCGCCGUGCAUUGAUGCUUUUGCCAAUGCAAGAGGAGCAGCCUGUAUGAUCUUCAGAGUUAUUGACAGUAACCCUAAAAUUGACAGUUUUUCAGAGAGAGGACACAAGCCAGACAGCAUCAAAGGAAAUCUGGAGUUCAGUCAAGUUCAUUUUUCUUACCCAUCUCGACCUGAUGUCAAGGUCCUGAAGGGCCUCAGCCUGCGGGUGCGGAGCGGCCAGACGGUGGCCCUGGUCGGGAGCAGCGGCUGCGGGAAGAGCACCGCAGUGCAGCUGGUGCAGCGGUUCUACGACCCCACCCAGGGCACGAUCAGCAUUGAUGGGCAGGAUAUCAGGAGCCUUAAUGUGAGCUAUCUGAGAGAAAUAAUUGGAGUGGUGAGUCAAGAGCCCAUGUUAUUUUCUACCACGAUUGCUGAAAACAUUCGCUAUGGCCGUGGAAAUGUCACCAUGGAAGAGAUCAAGAGAGCUGUCAAAGAAGCCAACGCCUAUGAGUUUAUCAUGAGGUUGCCACAGAAAUUUGACACCCUGGUUGGAGAGAGAGGGGCGCAUCUGAGUGGGGGACAGAAACAGAGGAUUGCGAUUGCGCGUGCCCUGGUUCGCAACCCCAAGAUCCUGCUGUUGGACGAGGCCACGUCAGCCCUGGACACCGAGAGUGAGGCCGAGGUGCAGGUGGCACUGGACAAGGCCCGAAAAGGCCGGACCACCAUGGUGAUAGCACACCGACUCUCCACAGUCUGUAAUGCCGAUGUCAUCGCUGCCUUGGAGGAUGGAGUCAUUGUGGAGCAAGGAAGCCACAGUGAGCUGAUGAGGAAAGAAGGGGUCUACUUCAAACUGGUCAGCAUGCAGACAUCAGGAAACCAGAUCCAGUCUGAACUGGAACUAAAUGAAGAGAAGGCUGCUCCUGGUAUGACCUCAAAUGGCUGGAAAUCUCCCAUAUUUAGGAAUUCUACUAGUAAAAGCCAUAAAAAUUCACAAAUGAAUCAUAAUGGCCUUGAUGGAGAACCCAAUGAACUUGAUGCAGAUGUGCCACCAGUGUCUUUUCUGAAGGUCCUGAAACUCAAUAAAGCCGAAUGGCCUUACCUUGUGGUGGGUACAGCCUGCGCCAUUGCCAAUGGGGCACUGCAGCCAGCAUUUUCCAUCAUAUUUUCCGAGAUGCUCGCAAUUUUCGGGCCAGGGGAUGACGCGGUGAAGCAGCACAAGUGCAACAUGUUCUCUCUGCUCUUCCUGGCCCUGGGGAUUAUUUCUUUCUUCACUUUUUUCCUUCAGUCCUCUUAUUCAGUCAGCAAAAAUACUGUUUCCUGGUCGUGCCCAGCUGCACUACUUUCAUCACUGCUGAGCCCGUGUACAGGCUUCACCUUUGGGAAGGCCGGAGAGAUCCUCACCUCGAGGCUGCGGUCACGGGCUUUCGAGGCCAUGCUGAGACAGGACGUGAGCUGGUUUGAUGAUCAUGGAAACAGCACCGGUGCACUUUCCACAAGACUUGCCACGGAUGCCGCCCAAGUCCAGGGGGCCGUAGGCACCAGGCUGGCUCUGAUCACCCAGAACACAGCAAACCUCGGAACUGGCAUCAUCAUCUCCUUUAUCUACGGUUGGCAACUGACUCUCUUGCUGUUAGCAGUUGUUCCAUUUAUUGCUGUAUCGGGAAUCAUUGAGAUGAAAAUGUUGGCUGGAAAUGCCAAAAGAGAUAAAAAAGAACUGGAAAUAGCUGGGAAGAUUGCAACAGAAGCAAUAGAAAAUAUUAGGACAGUUGUGUCUUUAACCCAGGAAAGAAAAUUUGAAUCAAUGUAUGUCGACAAACUGGAUGGGCCUUACAGGAACUCGGUGAGGAAGGCACACGCCUAUGGAAUCACAUUUAGUAUCUCACAAGCAUUUAUGUAUUUUUCCUACGCUGGUUGCUUUCGAUUUGGUGCCUAUCUCAUUGUGAAUGGACACAUGCGCUUCAGGGAUGUUAUUCUGGUGUUCUCAGCGAUUGUGUUGGGUGCUGUGGUUCUAGGACACGCGAGCUCAUUUGCUCCUGACUAUGCCAAAGCCAAGCUGUCUGCAGCCCACUUAUUCCAGCUGUUCGAGAGACAGCCUUUGGUUGACAGCUACAGUCGACAAGGGCUGUGGCCUGAUAAAUUUGAAGGAAACGUAACAUUUAAUGAAGUUGUGUUCAACUACCCCACGCGGCCGACUGUGCCUGUGCUUCAGGGGCUGAGCCUUGAAGUGAAGAGGGGCCAGACGCUGGCCCUGGUGGGCAGCAGCGGCUGCGGGAAGAGCACGGUGGUGCAGCUCCUCGCGCGCUUCUAUGACCCCCUGGCCGGAGCAGUGCUUCUGGAUGGUCAGGAAGCAAAGACACUGAAUGUGCAGUGGCUCCGAGCACAGCUGGGCAUCGUGUCACAGGAGCCCAUCCUGUUCGACUGCAGCAUCGAGGAGAACAUAGCCUACGGGGACAACAGCCGGGCAGUGACCCGGGAGGAGGUCAUGAGUGCGGCUCAAGCAGCCAACAUCCACCAGUUCAUCGAGACGCUGCCCCAUAAAUACGAGACCCGAGUGGGCGACAAGGGGACUCAGCUCUCGGGCGGGCAGAAGCAGAGGAUCGCGAUCGCCCGGGCCCUGGUCAGGCAGCCGCGAAUCCUGCUGCUGGACGAGGCCACGUCGGCGCUGGACUCCGAGAGCGAGAAGGCGGUGCAGGAGGCCCUGGACCGCGCCAGAGAGGGCCGCACGUGCGUCGUCAUUACGCACCGCCUGGCCACGGCGCACAGCGCGGACGUCAUCGCGGUGAUUCAGAACGGCCGGGCCAGGGAGCAGGGCACCCAUCAGCAGCUGCUGGAGCAGAGAGGCCUCUACUUCUCAAUGGUCAGCGCUCAGGCUGGCACGCAGCGCUCCUGAGCUCUUGUCAAAGUGUGUCUCAGAAAUAAAUCCAAAUCAUUCCAUCA